CAUUGUGGGAGACAGAUGAUUGACACGGCCGCCAUUUUGCCCCGCUUCCAUUGUGUGAGAGAUAGUAAAUAUCUGAAGCUGCCAGACAGUCACAACUCACUUCUGUCGUUGCGAAGAAAAAGCGUUAAAAUCACACUUGGUGAUACUCAGAAGAAAUGGCUCGUACCAAGCAGACUGCUCGUAAGUCCACCGGAGGAAAGGCUCCUCGUAAGCAGCUGGCUACGAAGGCUGCCCGCAAGAGCGCCCCCUCCACCGGUGGUGUCAAGAAGCCCCAUCGUUACAGGCCCGGUACCGUGGCUCUCAGAGAAAUUCGUCGGUACCAGAAGUCCACUGAGCUGCUGAUCCGUAAGCUGCCCUUCCAGCGCCUGGUGAGGGAGAUCGCUCAGGACUUCAAGACCGACCUGCGUUUCCAGAGCGCUGCCAUUGGAGCCCUGCAGGAGGCCAGUGAGGCGUACCUGGUGGGUCUGUUUGAGGACACCAACCUGUGCGCCAUCCACGCCAAGCGGGUCACCAUCAUGCCCAAAGACAUCCAGCUGGCACGCCGCAUCCGUGGGGAGCGCGCUUAGACGGCCUCCCUAUCGUCUGUUCUGGUUUUCUCUACCUGUCCCCGCCCUCACUCCCUUCAUCUCACCCUACCUCUACCCCUCGAUUGCUCCCUCCCUCUCCCACUUUCCCUCUCUCAGUAGACUUUGGUGUAAUCCUGAUUAUGAACUGAUAGAAAUUUGUUGAAGUCUGGUCUCUGGUUUUUUUGUCUUCACCAAAUGCUUUUUAGGGUACCUUUUAGUGCAUGUUAGAGGUUCUUCCGAUCAGACGCACAUGUGCACACAUACACUGACGUUGGGUAGCCCACCCUUCAGCUCCAGUGGAUUCUUCCAGGGUGGGGGCUGGGGGGGUGUGGUUACAGUGGCAAACACAGCUGAUGCAGAGGGAUGGGGCCAAGGGGCUAGUCUGCUUAAGGGGAGCUGCAACUUCCACAGCAGGGUGCUAUUAAAGCUAGUCCUGAGGCCCCCCCCCCACCUACCCGAAUACCUGUCCCCCUCACCCAGUCCAUCCCUCUACACCCUAACCCCCCGUUGCUCUGCAGCUGUACUUUUUCUAACCCCCCCCUCACCAUCAUGAUGGCUGUGUUUGUGUGUAUGUGUCGCUCUGAUCUGUAAACCGCUUGUGCUCAACAAACAGAAAUCGUUUGACAAUAUUGAUUAUCGUUGUGGAUAUGGUGUCUAUUUUUUUUACGCAUUUAAAUCAUGGAUAAGCAUCUCUUUUCGUACCACUUCCGAAAUCAUCAAAUAAUGGGGGGGAAAAAACUAAUAAUUUUUACCGUGAUCUGAUUUGCAUAAUAAUAUCAGUAAGGGCUCCUCUGUUCUCCAAUGCAACUAUUCUGAUGGCAGCCACAGGGGGGCGACGCUCCACCGUGCCCUCCUCUACUCAAUGCUCUCUGUAGAUCAGGCCUCACAUUCUCUCUCUCCACACACAGGCUUCAGCUGGCAGUAUGAAUUGACAUUAUAGUGAACAUUUCACUCUGCAUGUUUAUGGUCUUUGUCUCUCUGUAGAUCUGAACAUAUAAUCUGUCCCUUUCUCAAAAUUUGUGAUACACAAUAUAACCUCAUAUUUGUUUUCUUUUAUAUUUUUCUUAUUCCUGGAGAUUUUAAAAAAUAUAAAUAAGCUGAUCUUUGUAUUUUCCAAAUUUCUCAUAUUAUGGUGGUAAUAAAUAGGUGUUAAAACAAAACAA